AAUGGGAAACAUGAAGCAUAUUAUGACAAAAUAAAUAAAUAAAUGGCAUGGAUUAAUCAACGGAACAGUGUAUAGAGUAAGCUAACUUCAAUCUGGGAAACGACAAAUCUCGUAUCCAAACACCAGGGCCUGAAAAUACCAGAAGACUCUCAAGCGAUCGGCUAUAGGAGGAAGACUAAGACAGUCUCUGGUCUCGAAUCGUAAGUGCCAAACAAGGAUCAAGAUGGUUUUCUACUUCAAAGCCCGACCAGAGGCAGGCGAUUACCCCAUCUUCAUGGGUCUCGACAAGUACGAGAACGAGGAACUCAUAAAAUACGGCUUCCCCGAAGACAUUUGGUUUCAUGUGGAUAAAAUGUCUUCUGCUCAUGUUUAUUUACGAUUGCACAGAGGUCAGACUAUUGAUGAUAUAAGUGAAGGCGUUUUGGAAGAUUGUGCUCAGCUUGUCAAAGCAAAUUCUAUUCAAGGCAACAAGGUGAAUAAUAUUGAUGUUGUUUACACUCCAUGGUCCAAUUUAAAGAAAACUGGUUCCAUGGAUGUUGGCCAAGUUGGUUUCCACAAUUCAAAAAUGGUUCGCACUGUGAGGGUGGAGAAGCGGAUAAAUGAGAUAGUUAAUAGAUUGAACAAAACAAAAGUGGAAAGGAAACCGGAUUUAAAAGCUGAGCGAGAAGCAGCAAAUGCUGCAGAAAGAGCUGAGAGGAAACUUCAGCUGAGAGAUAAAAAACGGCAGGAGGAGAUGGAAAGGCUUGAAAAGGAGAAACAGGCAGAGAUCAGGAGCUACAAGGGAUUGAUGGUCUCCGAAAAGAUGACAUCUAACAAACAGAUUGCUUCACAAAGCAAGUCCUUGCAGGAAUUGGAAGAGGACUUUAUGUAAUCUCAUUUAUCAAACUGCUCCGUAAGAUCAGCAAACCUUACUGCCAUAGAAUGAUGGAGUUUUCCAUUCAGAAUGUGAUGCCAGGCCCUUAAGUUAUUUCCCUUUGUGAAUAAAUCACCUCAGUCCUAACUGUGGAACUCAGAGGGUGCUAGUAACAAAAAGAUAUGCACAACGUGAAGAAAUGAGAUCACUGAGGGGAGGUGAACUUUACUUUGAAAAAGACCAUUUGUUGUACUUGGAUGAUUUGAUGAAGCAUGAUCUGCAUCUUUCGUUCAUGGUUAGUGAUUGAUAGCAGUAAACUGAUCCAGCAGUUACAUAGCUUUUUUUUUUUUUUUGGUUUUAAACUUACUUACUGUUUGGUAUGCAUGUUUGUAUGGCAAAUUUUAAGCAUUUUGUUUGUUAGAAACCAUUGGAGAAUAAAUUAUAAGCAUGAAGGAUUAUAUGUUUUUGUUUUCA